CCAGCGUUUCACCUGCAGCUGUGCUAAAUCAGAGAGUACUGGUCAAAGAUGGUUUCUAUUAGCGACGAGUAACUGAAACUUGAAGAUGAAUUCUACAAAGCGUUGAUGGGGGGUAUUUUUUCUCAUAAUGGCAACUCCACAGAUAAAUGCAGAAAACUUAAUGAAGGUGGAGGGCAACAACACGGAGCAUUUGGAUAGUAUGCAGAAGGCACUGGAGAAACUUCGAAGCCUUUCUCCAAAGGACACAGGGAUGCUGCGGUCCAGGAUAGAUGAACAGUCAAGUCUGAUCUGCAUAUUGAAGCACAGAGCAGAUGAGCUGCUUCUUCGCUGUGAUGCCCUGCAGAAAAUCAAUACGGAGCUGGAGGACAGAGUAACAGACUACCAGAAAAAACUGGACAGCGAAAGAAAGAAAGCAGAGCUAUUGGAAAAGAGAUUUAUGGAUUUAGCUGCCAACAAUCAAGGCAUUAUUGCUUUCAUGGACGAGCACAAAAAACAGAACGCCCAGUUAAAGCUGGAAAACAAGCAGCUGCAGUCAGAAAAUGAAACACUUUUCUCCCAAAAAUUACAAGAUAAGGAAGUGUUUGUUCAAAAACUGAUGGAAGAAAUCAAACAGCUGACAGAGAAAUACACAAUUAAGGAAAAUGAAUAUCGUAUUUUACAUCUGUGUUUAAGGGAGAAAUUAGCUGGAUGCCAGUCAAAACUCCAGGAACAAGCAACUCGGCAUCAAGCCAAAGAAGCAUCGCUACUUGAUCAAUUGCAUGAUGCUCAGCAACAACACAGAGAUGCUGUGGAGAUGUGCAAAGACCUUAAGCUGAAGCUACAAAAGGCUGAAGAACAGCAUGCUUUGAAGGAAAUCAACAUGAGAGGAAGCAUAACAAGCCUCACCAAAGAGAAGGACAAAUUAUUGCAUCUGUCUAUGAAAAGAGGAAAAGUAAUACAGGAGAAACAAGAGGAAAUCCAGCAGCUGGAGAUAAAAUGGAAAGAAGAGAAAAAAGCCAGGGCCAAAGCAGAGGACAGGUUUGAACAGGAAGCAGAAGCGGUUAAUGCAGAUGUAAAAGUGAAGUCUCUCCAAUCCGCUCUUGAUGAAUCCACAUCAAAUUAUGGGAAGUUCAAAAAGGACUUUGAAGCCUUCAAAGAACACAGCACCAACCUCCUUAUGCAAGAAAGGGAGUUAAACAAGAAACUUCGCCACCUGAUGGGCUAAACGUCAGCCUUAUUAGGCAUUAAGUUUUUUAAAUAGCUAAGUCAAAAGAAAACUGAAAUUGUGUUUUAACAAAUAAAUACAGCUCACGGACACCAAUAAUUUCAUGGUACAAGUUGUAACCCUUAUGGAUUUGCUGUCCCACUCCAGCAAACACAGAGUCGCCACUGGGAGCCUUGGAUCAAAUUGUUGAUCAGCUCCAUAAUCAACACAGUCUUGCCAACACCAGUGCCGCCAAACAGACCUGAAGCAAAACAACAUGUACAAGAAUCAACCAUCAUGAAAUGCGUGUAUGAAAAUGUGAGUGCAGACCAAAAUUACAAUAGAGUGUCAGAUAAACCACCAGCCAAUCUCUACUUUAAGCAGAGGGUGCCAGCAGAUCUACCACUUUGAGGCCAGUGACCAUGAGCUCCUGCUCCACACUCAUGUCUGUGAACUUUGCUUCAGGGUGAAUAUCAGCAAUUCUGCAAGAUACUAAAAAGUUAUUUUAAAAUGUGCUCCUUGUGUUGCUAUGUUGCACUAUACUUCAGGACACUAUCUUGCUGUCUCCAAAUGUGGUUGUUUUGCUUAUAGGCCUUAUGUUUGUACUGUACACUGUUACGUGUCUGUUUCUGUUUAGCUUGCUGUCUUUUUGUUUUUUUUGUUAUGUGUGUAGGUACACUGAGAGCAAUGUAGAGUCAUGUAGAGCCCUUUGUGUACCUGGCCAUUAAAAGUUUUUAUGAUUGCAA